AUGGUUCACACAGAGACCCCCUGCUGCGUGAAAUGGAUCUUCUAUUUUGGGGCUGCCUUUGAUCAGAACAGCCCCAGAGCCCUGGCACUAGAGGAGAACAAUGUACCAGCCUGCACCACCAGCCAGUUCUCAGCUCCUCCCCAGAGCCCAGCAGAAGACCAGACGACUCUCCCGGCACCCUGGGCGUGGGGAGGACGAGACAAGGGAAGAUCAGGUUUGCCCAGUUUUGCUCUGGCCCCUGGAAAUUCUGCUCCUUAUCUCGUCUCCCAUUGCUUCACCACACUGCCAAAAUUACCUCGAUAA